GUAAACCAAUGUUGCGCUAACGAUAUGUCAUCAACGCUCCAGGAUUAGGGUGGGAACUGCAAAUGUUGAGAAAAAUAAGAGCAACGGACUUGUAAUGUUAUAUUUGUAGGUGACUUUUUUAAAAAUAAGAGAUACUACGUUUCAGAACAGCUUGUCAUAAAGUUUUCACGAUAAAAAGACCUAAAAGGCGCUUAACUUCCGUCGGUCUCCCACAGCUGGGCUGUUAGCAAAAGGCUAGCUGGCUGAUUCCCUGUGUAUUUGGCACCUGGCAGGACGGGAGAGAAAUGUCCUGCAGCCUAUUGGAGUUUUGUCGUCUUCAAGAGCUGAAAACGGUCCGAGACUACUUGUUCCACAGCCACAAAACUGAACCAAACGAAGAGAAGAAUCAAACAGAUAAUGAGCUGUCUUGGGACACUUCUGACUGGGAGUCAGCAUGGGAUAGUGGAGAGUACAACGAAGGAAAAGCCACUUCAGCAACAGUGGUGGAGGAAGACACAAGAGGGCAGAGUGGACCUUGGCUUCAGGACUGUGCUGUGUCCCUGUCUCCCUGCUCAGAUCUGCUAGUGGUUGCUCGUGAACAGAAGGCAGUUUUUCUUUCAGCUAAGUGGCAUACAGAUGACAGUGGCAGAGAGGAGAUGACUCUUGAUGUUUCUUGGACCGGAAUCCUCAGCACUGAAGAAGGAGAGUGUGUGAAUAGCUGUAUCUGUAUCCCCCUUGCAAGCCAAAAGAGGAGCUCCACAGGGCGACCAGACUGGACAUGUGUAGUAGUGGGUUUCAGCUCAGGCUACGUCCGCUUCUACACAGAGAGCGGCGUUCUGCUUCUGGCCCAGCUGCUGCAUGAGGAUCCUGUUUUGAGACUUAAGUGUCGCACAUAUGAGAUCCCUCGCCAUCCUGGAGUAACUGAGCAGCAUGAAGAGUUGAGUAUCCUCUACCCUGCUGCUCUUGUCACCAUUGAUGGCUUUAGCCUUUUUCAGUCUCUACGAGCUUGCAGGAACCAAGUGGCAAGAGCGGCAGCAGCAGGUAGUGACACAAUACAACCCCCUCCCUUGGCCUAUAAGAAGUGGGGUCUUCAGGACAUGGACACCAUCGUGGACCACAGUAGCGUUGGUAAAAGUGUUAUGACACUAUGUGUGUUUGACCAGAUGAAGAAUGCCUCUAUCUUGGGUGGGUUUAAUGCUUCAGUCAAGGGCAGCCCCCCUGCCAUGAGCCAGUAUAUCACUGUAGGAGGGGGUCCCUACACAGGCUUCUACUAUGCUGUAGAGGGAAGCUCACAGCCUCUCCUUUCCCAUGUGGCUUUGGCCGUAGCCAGUAAACUUACUUCUGCUCUCUUCAGUGUUGCCAGUGGGUGGCUAGGAUGGAACAAGAACAAAAAUGAAGAGGAGGUUGCUCAGAAACAGAAGCCAAAGGUGGAGCCUGCUACACCUUUAGGAAUAAGAUUUGGUCUUCCAGACUCUCGUCGCCAUGGUGAAUCCAUCUGUCUUUCCCCUUGCAACACACUAGCUGGAGUGACGGAUGACUUUGGCCGAGUCACACUACUGGACCUUGCUAGAGGGAUCGCCAUCCGCAUGUGGAAAGGUUACCGAGACGCCCAGCUGGCAUGGCUGCAGGUCCCAGAGGAGCGAAGUAAUUGGCAGUCGUCUGUCUCUGCUUUCCACCCCAGUCGUCAUGCUCUGUUUCUGGUCAUCUAUGCUCCUCGCAGGGGAAUCUUGGAGGUUUGGGCGAUGCAGCAGGGGCCUCGAGUUGGUGCUUUCACUGUGGGCAAACACUCUAGGUUGCUUUAUGCCGGCUACCGUCUAAUGGGGGUGAACAGUGUGACCAGUCAGGGCUGGCAGCUCCACACUCAGCAGGUCUGUCUCCUGGACCCCAUCACAGGAGCAUUGAGGACAGUGAACAUCCCUUUUCACCUUGCCCUCAGUGACAAAAAAAGUGAGCGGGCCAAAGAUAUGCACCUGUUAAAGAGACUGACCGCUAUGCUGAAGAGCAGAGAGGUGUCACCUGAUAUGUUUGAGAAUGAAGGCAAAAGUGUGCUGCUGGAUAUCAGGCACCCUAGCAUAAAGAAGCAGGCUCUGGAGUCUCUGCUGUCACAUAAAAACGCUCCCAUCUCUUGCCUUAUCAGCAUCACAUCCACCUUAUAUGAUGAUCUGAAACAAGAAGACUCUAAUGAAGUGGAUACCACUUUACUCCAGCUCUGCUGUUCUCAGCUGAAGCUGCUUCAAGUCUAUACUGACAUCCAGCAGCUGCACUCUGGUGCAGACAUAGAAUCCUGCUCAGAAAAUGACUCCCUAAAAGACAUAGAAGUUGAAUUGUGUCGUGUCGCCCCUACCUUACAACGUUAUGCCCAGCUCACCUCAAGGCCCAGUGUUUCUUUUGCCCAGGACUCCCAUGACUCACCCCUCCCUGCUCACAUCUUCCUCGCUCAGAUGGAGUGGGAAGAACAUGGGGCUCUAAAAGUCACCCGGAGGUCUGAAACUGAAUGGAAUCAGCUAGGUAACUUUCUGUUCUGGGGGUGUCUGUGUGGAAAAAGCCCAAUCCAAAAAGUCUGUGAUACACUACAGCAGGCUGGCAUCUGUCCACAGCAGCUACUGUGUUUGCUGCUGAGCUUGUGGUUGCAAAGGGAGAAGGCAGUACUACAGAAAACAGAUGAAGCUGUGAAAAACCUACACACAUUACUUAUCACCCUUAGCAACAUGAAAGGAGCAGUGGAGGAGUCAUGGGACCCUCAGUCAAUCUCCCCAUGGUGGCAACAGGUUCGCUCCAUGUGCAUCCAGUCCCACAAUGCUGCUGCUGCUCUACUUGCUUCCUUUGUUGCCCACCGAGCCGCUAAAGUCAGCAUCACCAGCCGGGCUGACAGCCAGCUGCAGUCAGAGUGGGAGGCAGUGUCCCUUGAGCUGGAGCAGUGGGUGGUAUGUGUUCGCCAACUGGAGGAUGUGCUGGUGCUGCAGACUCUGUUGCUGGUAGCUCCUCCUCAGGGGGCAGCAGGGACCCCUGUAGCACAGUGUUCCAUCAAAUCCCUUUUGGAGGGAGGCACAGGUGGCAUUGCUGAUAGUGUCUCAAAGUGGGUGUUCAGGCACAACUUGGACCCUGAGCGACUAAAGGCUGUCCUCCAAAAAUCAGAAGACAAAGAAGCAGAUGGCAAACUAAAGGAUGAGGAACUACAAGGAGGUGAGGAAGAGAAAGAGAAGAGCCAAAAUAAUGCAUAUAGAACAGCAGAGCUCUUGGUAGCAUUGUGCCAGCGGUUCCCACAUUCUCUCUCACCUGACCUGCUCUUCGCCCACUGCUGCUGGGAAUAUGUGGUGCAGUGGAACAAAGGCCCCGAGGUGGACAUAUACACAACCAGGACCACAACAGCCAAAAAUGAGGGUCGAUACUUGUGCUGGGCUGUGGAACAUCUGAAGCUGGUCUCCAGUCCACAUAUUCAACUGGGUAUAUGUACAAUGAUGUGGAGCACAUUCAUUGUCAAGCGGUUUUCAGCAGCAGCAUUUCUCAUGGAGAAGGUGGGGAAAGCACCCAAAGAUCGGUUAUGUCGACGGGAUGUUGGUAUGGGAGACAAAGCCAUGACGUCUUUCCUCGGCUGCUGCGUCCAGCUGCUGCAGAUCCUCAUGGAGGUGACUGAAGUAUUGCAUAAAAAUCGGUGUCCCUUGUCUUUUAUAAGUUACUAUGCAGAUUCAGCCGUGGAGGAGGUUCCAGCCCCAGAGCUGUCUGUGGAGGAGGUGUGGUGUGGGGCAGAAGGCCCUGCCUCCAUAGCUGAACUCGCACUGGAGCAAAGAGGAGUCCACUACCCCUUGGUCCAGCACCACUGCUUGUUAGGCUCCCUUCUACAUGCUGCUAUGACCUUCAAUCUGAAAGUGAAACCCCUCAGCCUGUUUGACAACAAGGGUAAGAAUGCCUUCUUCAGAGAUCUCACAUCAAUCCAGCUGAUGCCCAGUGGAGACAUAGAUCCAGGCCUUGUCUCACUACGACAAGAGUUCCUUCUGCGAGCACUGACUAGUUGGGUUCAAGCUAUAGAUGAUACAUCCACCCUACCCUCUGACAGUGGCUCCCUAAUUUUAGCUUCUAGUGACCCAAAGGCUGACUGGUGGCCAUCACUGUGUCUGGAGCUGGGCUCCUUGCUGCAGCUCAACCCUGAUAUCCUGCGACGACACCUCGUCUGUGAGCUUUACAACCAGGGACUGGACCUUCAGGCUGAGGAGGUAAUGCUGGAAGUAGAAGAUAAGGACGUGCUGGGCUCCCAGUUGCUGGUGCUGACCGGACAGAGGCUGAGCUACUCACUGCUUCACAGCCAGAGCCAGACACAGGCUGCAAUGGAGCUACUGGCCCGUCUGCCCCCAACCCUCUGCACAUGGCUUAAAGCUAUGGAUCCUAGUGAGCUGCGGUGCCCCCUCGUCCCUUUGGUCCAAACCAGCCGGCUGGUUGGACGCCUGAUUGAAAUCCUACCAGAGAACCAUGCCCAGUACAGCCUUACGCUGCACCUCCUGGAGGCUGUGGAUGCUCUCACCACUGAGGACUGACUCACGGAACAUGGAGAGGCUUUAGAAUGCAUUAAAGACCACAGGAACUAAAUACAAGACUUAUUUUUUGCCGGAGACUGAGGAAGACAGGAACACAAUUGGAGCUCUAGCUUUUCUCACUUAAUUCAUGUUAUCAUGUAACAUUCGCCCUUGCAUUGUACCCAUACAAUAGAUAGGUCAGGCUUUUAACUUUUUUAAAUACUUGUUUCUGUGCAUGCAACAAAUUAUAUUGAAUACUUGUGUUGUUAAGUAUUAAGAUUUGCUGGUUCUACAGGAAUGAGGCACCAGUCUUUAUCACUUUUUUCUCAUUCUGUUUGUCUCUCAAAUCAGGUCUUAGUGUCUGUGUGUGCCAUAUUACUUCUGUUUCUUAUUUUUCCUUCCUCUUGCCACCAACAAGAGUGAACCAAAAGAAAACAAUAACCCUAUUUUUUUAUUUUCAUGCAGUACUGUACUUGCUGUGCCCGUACGCCUCUGAUUCUGUAACAUCUUUGGGCUGAUCCAGCACAGAAUAAAGAGGUUUCUGACAAGCUUA